AUGUACAAGAAGUCGCCGCUGCCAAAGAUCUUUCGCCGCCGGAGUAAAUCGACUGUCGAAGCGGCUCUUCAAACAGAUCCAGAAAAUGAUGAACUAUUAAAACUCAGAUGUGACCUUCAAGAAGUUAUUACCCUUACUCGAGAUCUGAUACAAACCCAAUUAGAAGAAAAGCAUAAAUCUUCAUAUGUGGAACCGUCUUCAACUAUAAAAGCGUCAUCCAACUAUUUUGACGACAUUGAAGCUGCACUUUUAGAGGCCGAAAAAUUAGUCUCUGCUGCCAAAACUUGGAGGAUUGGAGACAAGUGUCAAGCUAAAUGGAAGGAGGAUCGUCAGUACUACGACGCAACUAUUGAAGACGUUACAAGUAAAGGGGAAGUCAAAGUAAUUUUUGAUGCCUAUCAAAAUCGAUCCACUACACAUGUCCACGAGCUAAGAGAACGAACUACACGCAACGAAGUGUUUCCUUCAAACAAGCGUCACAGGCCCAAUCAAAAAGAAUAUUUAAAAAAACCAAAGCAAAAAAAACAGCAGCGUUUUAAAAAUUUGGGAGAACGAGAAUCAGAAAAAAAUAAAUGGCUUAAUUUUUCCACUAAAACUCAGAAAACUGGACUGAAAGCGAAAAGUAUAUUUGCCUCUCCGGAUAAUGUAAGCGGCAGAGUUGGAGUCGGCACAUGUGGAACAGCAGGAAAAGGCAUGACUGAUUUUACUAUAAGCGAGAAAUAUAGAAAGGUCUUUAAGCUGUGAAAUCUAUAUGUUUAAAAGCGCUACAAAAUAAAAGAUUCCAAAUACAAUGUAAAAAAUUAAAAAUAAAAACCGACCCCAAAGUGCUGGUUGUCAUAAACUUAAAAAUAUGGUUUAAUAAUACGGUUUUUAAUAUAUAAUAUAUUUAAAUUAUUCGCUUUUUAGGAGUUA